AUGGAUUCCGAACGUCCUCACUUAUCAAUCACGCUGCCUCGAAACUUCAUGUUUCACUAUCGUGACGGCCCGGCUCCGCAGACGCCAGAACCUGAGCCGCAGCCGGAGCAGUACCAGCCACCACCACCACCACGACAGACACUCAGAGUUCGCCGUCGCCGCACUACUCUGACCAGGGGUCAAGACAUCUUGGAGAACUCAAUGGAGCAAAUGCCGAUCCCGACCAUCGAAAUGUCAGAUGUUCUUUCGGAGGCAUCAACAGCUUUGCCUGUGUUCCCGCUGGCUCAAAACAACGCCUACCUGUCCCCAGGAAUGAGCUUCCCGCGGUUGUUGUCUCCACCAAAGACGCCAGUUGCCCAGAUGAGAACUAUCAGCCAUUUGGAUGGACCCCGCGAUUGGGCAGACAUCAAGCAAGCAAGCCAGAUUGAGACCACUAGCAGACCGACAUCGUCUUCUGGCUUUUCUGAAUCCUCGAUUUCGUCUCGAGGGAGCCUCUCGUCCAUCAUCUCAAGAGGUGGUAGUUGCACAAGCCCCGAGGAAGAGGUAGACGACCCAUUCUCGUACUGCUCGCCAGUGAGCAAAUACUCUCAGCCUACUUCACCUUCAGCUGCGCAUCAGCAUUCCCGCCCUAACAAGAAGCUGAGAUUGAAAUCAACCUUCAACGAAGACAUGGACCGCCACCUCUGGAUGACCUACAUGAAAUACUUGCAAGACCCCAUAGUGACUCCCUUCAAAGCCCUCCCGAGCACCAUGCCUCCCAAUGGAGUUUGCCAUCGUGUAGCGAGGAUGGCUAGGAGAACAUGGCAGGGACCACGGCCGUCUCGUGCUGUGGCUGGACGAACCGUUACCCAGUAUGGUACUCGAUGCGGGACCCCAAGUGCCUUGAGAGCUUUAAGGAGUGGCAGCAACACCCCUAUCGCCAGGCCUAGCAAAUCGUAUUUGCGGUUUCCCACAGAGAAGCAGUGUCGAAAGCGAUUGCGGGAUUUGGCAAAGCAGAAGCCAACACUUUCCGCUCAUUAUCAGCGCAUGCUUCAUCGUUCACCCUCGCCGUUUCAAUCUUCACCGCCGGCCGAACCAUCGCAGCCGCAACCUCAACCUCAGGCUCGCACACUGUCUUCUCCUUUUGCAACGGAAGCUCAAGUGUUCUCGACCCGUGAUAUGAAUGUGUCUUUGGCAACCAGCACUGCUGAGUCUAUGCAACUAGGCAACCCUCUGUCACAAUUAGCAAGCGACAUUACACCUCGCCCAGCUGAGAGGAAAUAUCGAAGCAUGCGGGCUUCAGCACAUCAAAAGUCGCAAUCCCUACACAUCGGACUGGGCCUUGGUCUUGGAAACGUACUUGGAUCGCCGUUUCAGGCCAAGUCUGCGGCUGACAUGCACAUGCAUCGUCACAACGCGCAGACCUGGCAUGCACCAUCAUCGACGCAACCACCUCGACUUGGAUCUCCCUUCCAGUUGCACUCGCCACGACCUAAAGCACGAGCCUUCAAGCGUCGUGCUCUUCACAGCAGCUUUGAGGACAAGUCGCGCAACCGCGGCAACAGCUUUGUGGAUGAGCUCUUUGGCGCCCCUGCUGAGUCAAGUCAUCGUCGUGUAAGGAGUCGUGGUUUUAGCUUAGGCGAUAUGAUGGACGGUGCCCGGCGGCUGCCGCUCUCUACGCAUGAGAUCAAUCCGUUUGUCAAUAUAGCAGCAGCGUUGCCGAGCCCUGCUCAGACCUCACCUGUCGGUCCGACAGAAGCUCGGGGCCAGGCUACGUCCUGUCUUGGGUCACCUUUCGGCGGUCGAUCGAGUAGAACGUUUCCUCGAGCAUCUGCGUCGUACAGUUUCGAGCCUCCAGCAUCGUUUGAACAGCGUUUCGCCGGGACGCCGAGCACACCAGCACGUUUAUCACGCUCGUAG